AUGCAGUGCGCCCGUAGUGGAUCAAGCACACCCAUGGGGAGAGAUCCGGAUGCGCGAUGGGUGCAGUGGCUUGCUCUCACCAGACGCAACAACCAUGCCCCAUUGUCCGGCGCAAUGUCACCGUCCUCCUCGCCCUCGCUACCCAUGGCGAGCUCCAAUCUCAACUACAGCAGCCGUGUCCACUCGCGUAGCAGCGCGACCAGCUAUUUUGCUCUGAUGUCCGCGGCCAAGGACGGACACCAACACCAGCACCAGCGGGAGGAGGAUCGCAAGCAGCACUACUACAAUGGCAGUGGCACGCCCACCCGCCGGCACAUGGACACCUCGUGGGUUGCAUGGCUCAAUGAACACGGCCACCAGCGAUGCCAAGGGGGACGGUGCCCCUCGGAAACCCCAGGGCAAUUACAACAACCGCAAACCUGCCUCCCAGACAGCAUAGUCAUGCCCAGCUCUUUUCUCGACACGCCCCCGUUCACCACUAAUACCCCGCCCUCAAUGAUCUCCAGCUCAGCCACGGAGCUUCCCUCGCCGCUGGCGCCGCUCACAGAUGCAGAGAUAGACGCCAUGAGCCAGCAAUUCCCGGACUUUGCGGACCGUUUCCCCGCGGAGUUUUCCGACGCAACGACCGCCAUGGGGCCGUUUGAUCCGGCCGAGCUAGAUGCCGGCCUGCUGACCUGGCUCGACGAACAGCAUUCGUUCGCGUUCCAUCAGGGCGAGGACGUGGCCGUUAGUCCGAGCAAGCGGAGUUUGACACUGGAGACGUAUCCGCGCGAAAUGUCCGCGGACGGAACGAGACGGGAGGGGGGAAUCAAGAAACAGAAGGUAUAUCAUGAAACUUAUACCGAGCCGGGGAAAAGUGCUUGA